AUGACGUUGUCGAGUGUUGCGGUCAUCUGUUUGACCUCUUUGGUCGGCAUUCCACUUACGUAUAGCGUUAAUCUAUUUAAGGAUUAUGUCACAAAUCCUCUGAUUAUCCUUGGUAUAGGCGGGUUUGCAAUCAUUCUGGUGGCUCUUCUGCCAUAUCUGUACGCCCGGAACACCGACAUUCCCAAGCGAGAUCCAUUCUUUUACGCCUGGAGUCUGUUUGCCUUUGCCUGUGUAGUAGAUUUGAUAAUUGCUUUAGAGAACGAUGGCAUCAUCCACAGUUUCAUGGCCUUUUAUCUACUGGAGGGGGAGCCCUACCUCAAGACUACACAUGGGACUUUUAUCAACUACUGGGAUGCUUUCGUACACUUUGGCCUGUACAUUUACAUCCUUACACAGAACUCUUACAAUGAGAAGUACAGGAAGGCCGGUCUGUACUGGGUGGGAUCCAUCACCAACAGUCUGCUGCUGAUUCUUCCUGCUGGACUCAUUGGUGAGUAUGGAGUAAGAUGGCCGAUCCUCCUCAAUAUGCCCUACCUGUGUAUACCUGUGUGGAUGGGGUACAAGUUCCUGAAAAAUGCACCACAACUCAACACUCAGCACCAGGGUGACAGUGAUGAGAGCGGAAUGCGACCUAUUCAAGAGAGACCUAUGGAUCUGCUGUUUAUUGUCACUUUUGUAGCUGCUAUCUGUGUUCACACACAUGUACAGCAAGCAGUACUUGGAAGUCCUGCAGAGGUAGCCAAGGACUACCUACAGCAGUAUGAACCUUAUCUUACCGAUGGUGUGGCCUUCCCAAAAGUACAGAUGAUGUUGUAUUUGUUCUACUUUGUGCCCUACUAUGUGAUGGUCAUCUCUGAUCUGCUGUAUCCAAGUGGUCAAGCAUGGGUGGUGGACUGGUCACUCAUAAUGGCUGGAGCUGCAGGCGAGGGCCAGUUUUCCCUUAUCGGAGCCUCUAUCCACCCGUAUACUCCUGCCAUCUCGCAGCUUCCUCCGGGAAACCACAUGCUAUUCUGGAUUGUCAAUGGAGCUCUGUUUGUUGUCCCUCAUCUAUAUGCCUACAGGUGCGUUACCAUGUCUACUAAACGUUUCGUUGGUACACUCAGGACAAAUGGCCGAGCUGCUCUAGAACAUUCUCAGGACAAUGGACUGCUGUAUGAUAAAAACGAAUCAGGAGGUGGCACUUCAGAAUCAAGAUAUAAUUUACGAAAUCGACACAAUCGCUAAUUUGAUCAUCUUUAA